ACUCCUGCUGCAGGCAGAUAGGUUCUCCCCGCCCUGGGUGCAUCACCCCAGUCACCCUUCUCUGUCCCAGGCCAUGGCGAAGCUGAGCUUGUUCACCCUUUUGGGGCUGGGACUGACGCUCUUCAAGGAUCACGAGUCUUCUUUCCAAACACGAAGUAAUGCUUUCCGAGAAGUGAAACCGGUGGAACUCCCUAAGUGUAAUUUAGUUAAAGGAAUAGAAACUGGCUCUGAAGACUUGGAGAUACUUCCUAAUGGACUGGCUUUGAUUAGCUCCGGAUUAAAAUAUCCUGGAAUAAAGAGCUUUGCUCCCAAUAAGCCUGGAAAAAUACUUCUGAUGGACCUGAAUGAGGCAGACCCAGCAGUGGUGGAACUGAAUAUCACCGGAAGUGCAUUUGAUCUGUCUUCGUUUAACCCUCACGGGAUCAGCACGUUCACAGAUGAAGAUAAUACCGUGUAUCUGCUGGUGGUGAACCAUCCAGAUGUCAAAACUACCGUUGAGUGCUUUAAAUUUCAAAAAGAAGAAAAAUCACUUUUGCAUCUGAAAACCAUCAGACACAAACUCUUACCUAAUUUGAAUGACAUCGUUGCCGUGGGACCUGAGCACUUUUAUGGCACAAACGAUCACUAUUUUAUCGACCCCUUCCUGAAAUCCUGGGAGCUGUAUUUGGGUUUAGCCUUGUCAUAUGUUGUUUACUAUAGUCCAGACGAAGUUAAAGUGGUGGCGGACGGAUUUGAUUUUGCUAAUGGCAUCAACAUUUCACCUGACGGCAAGUAUGUCUAUAUAACUGAACUUCUGGCUCAUAAGAUUCAUGUGUAUGAAAAGCAUGCUAAUUGGACUUUAACUUCAUUGAAGUCCCUGGUCACUGACACCCUCGUGGACAACAUAUCUGUGGAUCCUGUGACAGGGGACCUGUGGGUUGGAUGCCACCCCAAUGGCAAGAGACUAUUUUCCUAUGACCCGAAGAAUCCUCCUGGAUCAGAGGUGCUCCAAAUCCAGAACAUUUUAACAGAGGAACCAAAAGUCACAGUGGCUUAUGCAGAAAACGGCACAGUGUUGCAAGGAAGCUCGGCCGCCUCUGUGUACAAGGGGAAACUGCUGAUUGGCACUGUGUACCAAAAAGCUCUGUACUGUGAGCUCUAAGGGGGGGAUGUGCACCCAUGCCAUGGAAGCCGCGAGCCUGUCAUUUCAAUUGCUUGCCACCUCCAAGAGACCACCGUGAUCUCAUCUGAAUGAUGAGCAUUGA